AAAAAAAAAACAAUAAGGAUGCCCACCGUUUAUAUUAUCCUCUAUUCUCUCUAUCAUCACGUUUAUAAGGUCGCUCAGGCUGUUCAAAAAGGUCUUGAAGCAGAGGGCGUUGAUGUGAAGCUUUUCCAGGUUACCGAAACGCUAUCAGACGAGAUCCUUAGCAAGUUGCAUGCACCCGAUAGGCCUAAUUUGCCUAUCAUCACCGUCGAUGAUCUUACUAAAGCCGAUGCAUUCAUGUUUGGUAUCCCCACUCGUUUCGGUACCUUCCCAUCUCAACUCAAGUCAUUUUUGGAUGCCACUGGUGCCCUUUGGGCUACCGGUGCUCUUGCCGGCAAAUUUGCUGGUACCUUCUUCUCCACAGCUUCCCAACAUGGUGGUCAAGAAACCACUGCCUACACUUUCAUGACUUAUUUUGCUCAUCAUGGAAUCAAUUAUGUUCCUUUGGGUUUCGCCAAUAGCCAUCUUUUCGAUAAUUCCGAAGUAAUUGGCGGUUCCGCUUGGGGUGCUGGCACUGUUGCAAAUGGUGAUGGUUCUCGUGAACCUACCGUUAAAGAGUUGGAAAUUGCUACAACUCAAGGUGAAAACUUUGCAAAGAUUUUGACCGCUUUCCACCGUGGCUCCAAGGCGCUCGAUUCCACUACUGAUGCUGCUGAUGCCGCUGCUGCACCCGCCGCUACGGAUGCUCAAACGGAUGAUAAAAUUGAGCAAGUGAACCCCAGCACCUCUGGUGCUACUGCAACUGCCGGUGCUGUCGGUGCCGCUGCUGGUGCUACUGCUGCUGCCAAUGCUGCUGGUACCAAGGAUACUAUCAAUAAGGCCUCAGCCGACGCUAAUGACGCCACCGCUACCUCUGGUACUGAUAAGGCAGCUAACGCCUCAAAAACCACUACACCCGCAGCCAAUUCAGCAAAGCCAACGGAAACUGCUUCAGCUCAACCACAAAGCAAACCCGCUGCUGCUGCUCAAAGCAAACCCAUCUCAGAGAAGCCUGCUGCAAAGCAAGAAAAGAAGAAGAAUGAUUGUUUCUGUAUGUAAAAAAUUAGACAUGAACCAGAAAAAAAGAAACCAAACGAUAGUAUCGUCGUUAUUAUUACAGCACAUGACAUGGAGUGAAAAUCUUUUUUUUUAUUUUACAUAAUUAUCUCUGCCC